AUGGGUAAAGAUAUUGAUGCCGAACUCGGCACUGCCCACUCUCAGCCAAUCAGCGAAAAGGAUCCCAAUGCCCGACCAGAGUGCUUCAAAUCGCUGUUACAAGAAUGUCUGUUUAUUGCAUCGGUGACCAUGGCUGUUGCCAUGACGAGUUUCUUGCAGGGUACGGUCACCGUUAUGAGUUCGUUCGCGGCGCGAGAUCUGGACAUGACCAAUGCGGAGCUUUCCUGGAUGAAUGCUGCCACAUCACUCACGGCUGGUUCGCUACUGCUUUUCUUCGGCAGCAUCGCUGAUCUCUUUGGACGCAAAUCCAUGUUUAUCGCGUCCAUGUUCUUCUUUUCCGUUUUCUGCUUGGGAGCCGGCUUCUCUCAAAACGGCAUGACACUUGACGUACUCUGUGGUGUCCUAGGCAUCUUCUCUGCCGCAGCUGUGCCUCCUGCUCAGGGAAUGCUGGGUGUCAUCUAUGCCAGGCCUAGCCAAAGGAAGAACAGAGCUUUUGGCUGCUUUGGUGCAGGCAAUCCCAUGGGCUUCAUUUUCGGGACGAUCCUCGCUGGUGUCUUCACGAAGGUGUUCAAUUGGAGAGCUGGUUUCUUCCUAUUGGCUAUCGUGUAUUUUUGUACCAGUAUCAUUGCCGCGUUUACGGUGCCCGAUGAUACGACAUCAAAACAGACAUUCAACACAGAGACUAUGAGAAAGCUAGAUCUUCCGGGAACGGCGCUGACGAUUUUUGGCAUUGGCAUGUUCUGUGCUGCAUUAAGUCUUGCCGGAAAUGCGCCACAGGGUUGGAAGACGCCCUAUGUCCUUGUUUUGUUGAUACUAGGAGCCAUUCUGAUGGUUGCAUUCGUCGUAUGGGAGUUCAAGUACCCAUAUGCGAUGAUUGAUAUGAAGAUAUGGCGCGAUCGAGACUUUUCCUUACUAAUGGGAAUUCUCGCUCUCGCCACUCUUGGAUUCCCAGUCUUGAUCUUCUGGAUGGCACUCUAUUUCCAGCGGGUGCAGGGAUACAGUGCCCUUAUGACUGGCGUUCACAUGCUUCCCAUGGCCAUUGUGGGUCUGACCGCAAACGCAGUGGCUGCCUUGGUCCAGCACAAAGUAUCUAACAAACUCCUUGUUGGUAUUGGAUCAACUGCUCUCACCCUUUCUUUUACACUGGCAGCACUCCAGAGAGACGGAGAUUCGUACUGGGCAUUUGCUUUCCCAGCACUCUGCCUCUGUGUUGUUGGUAUCGACUUCGAGUUCAUUGUGGCAAAUAUGUAUGUUUUGUCUUCGAUGCCACUCGACAAGCAAUCCAUUGCAGGUUCGCUCUUCCAGACGAUAUCCCGUCUAUGCAACGCUAUUGCUUUUGGGAUCGCGACGGCAAUCUUUGAUAGUGUACAGAAAAGUCCAGCAAAAUCGGGUUACUACGCCGGCAACGCUGCCGAGCCCUACUCUUUUACCCUAUGGUUCGCCGCUGCAGCCGCAUUUCCUGGCAUGCUGCUCUUUCCCUUUCUAAGGAUCGGAACGCAGGGUCACACAGGCGAUACUAGACGGGGAAAGCAGACUAGCGAGCGGGAUGAUGAGCCGGAAGGCGGACGGGGUGGGGGCAGUGAGCAUGCCGUGAUAACCGAUGCUACUACAGAUGGAAAGAGUGUACAUGUUCAGGACACCGAAAAAAUAAGAUGA